AGGAAGUCUUAGGAGGGUAGACAUCGCACCCGGAAGUGAAGUGCCUCCGUAACGGAGCGGUGGCGCGGCUGCCGGGCCCGGGGGUCCAGUUUAUUUUGGAGGAAGUCACUGCGUCGAACUUGAGAAGCAGGUGUUUGACAGGUAGACUCUGCUAAGUUGGGACUGUUGGUGCCGGCACUGCUCUGCUCCUGUCAUAACUUCUCCGGGAAAAGGCUGUGCAGCUAUCGGCUGGGCUGACCAUGGCCCUCUCUGUGGAGACGGAGUCGCACAUCUACCGAGCUCUGCGCACUGCCUCUGGCGCUGCAGCCCACCUUGUGGCGUUAGGCUUUACCAUCUUUGUGGCUGUGCUUGCCAGACCUGGCUCCAGUCUGUUUUCCUGGCACCCCGUUCUUAUGUCUUUGGCUUUCUCCUUCCUGAUGACUGAGGCACUCCUGAUGUUCUCUCCUGAGAGUUCGCUGCUGCGGUCCCUCUCACGGAAGGUCCGCGCACGCUGCCACUGGGUGCUCCAGCUGCUAGCCCUACUCUGUGCUCUGCUGGGUCUAGGUCUUGUCAUCCUUCACAAAGAGCAGCUUGGCAAAGCACACCUGACCACUCGACAUGGGCAGGCGGGGCUAUUAGCUGUGCUGUGGGCAGGUCUGCAGUGUUCAGGGGGCGUGGGGCUGCUCUACCCCAAGUUGCUGCCCCGAUGGCCUCUGGCAAAGCUGAAACUCUACCACGCCACGUCUGGGUUGGUGGGCUACCUGCUGGGCAGUGCCAGCCUCCUGUUGGGCAUGUGCUCACUGUGGUUCACUGCCACUGUCACUGGUGGUGCCUGGUACCUGGCUGUGUUGUGCCCCAUCCUCACCAGUUUGGUAAUCAUGAACCAAGUGAGCAAUGCCUACCUGUACCGCAAGAGGAUCCAACCAUGAGCACUUGCCAGCUGUUAGGAACCUGGAUUUGCACCUCCAGCAUAGGACCAAGAGCUGGGAAUGUGUUGGACUCUCACAGCUGACUGGGUCAGGGGACAUUUCAGGUACUAGAGCACUCAGGGGUAGCUCUGUGGACAUUUCUGCUCCUCAUGCUAGAGUGUCUCCAAUUUCUUGCUGUCAACCCAGGGGAGCAUGGAUCAUGUGUCUGGAUGAAGUUGGGGUUGCAACAGUCUCCCCAGCAGCCAUACAGCUUAUAUUUGUACUGGUAUGUCCAGAAAUCAUGGAGAAAAAAAAUAAACAAACCAACCAACCCCUGGAAACCUACUGGGAGGGGCAGCACCGA